AUGCCUCCUGUGAAGAAUUCACACGCCGCCUCAAGAACAUCUUUAAUUAUAUUCCAACACGAAGAGAAGAAUGCACUUAAAAAGCCAUCCGGACCUGGGGCACCAUCUGGGGGGAUUGCAAUGACUGCUUCCCUGACUUCAUCCAUAAAAGGCCUUCCACUUCCCGCUGAAAUAAUCCAAGAAAUCGAUAUCUACAACUUCAAUCCUGAUCAGCUUUCAAGUCAGUUUGAGGUUGAAGAGGAGAAAGACAUGUAUUUCUUCACACAAAGGAAUCGUAAGUAUGAGGGUGGAUCACGACCAGCUCGGAAAGCAGGAAACGGAUACUGGAAAGCUACUACCGGACAUACAACGGUUCUUGAUCAAGAAAAAGUAGUUGGGUAUAAGAUGAAUUUGAAAUUCCAUGUUGGUACGGCGCCUAAAGGGAAAAAAACAGAUUGGCUAAUGACAGAGUAUAGCAUCGACGAGGUUGAUCCUCCUACAACAACGAGUGCUACUGAGAUGGGCAAUGGAAAGAGAAAGAGGAAGAUGGUGGCUGCAACUCAGGAGGAUCAUCACAUAAGAAUGAAUGGAUUUGUUUUGUGUCGAAUCUACAAGAAUAGGUGGGCAGAUAAGAAAACUAACGAAACCACUAACGACAUGCAGUCAUCAACUUCAUUUUGGGGCAGGCUAAUCGACGAAAUAACUCCAGAAGUAGAUAGAUGUACGUGGAAUAACAACGAAGAUUUCCCACCACUAACAUUAUCUGAGGUAGAUAGAUGGCUGUGUGAUGACAACGAAGAUCUCCCACCACUAACAUUAUCUGAUUUCAUCGCCAACUAA